UGUUAUAUCAUCACAAUAUACCUUUUGCAUCAUCAUCACACAGAUAGAGGAGUAUAUGACAAAGUUGGUAUCAUGGCAAUAUUGUUGAGAAGUUCUCUGUUAGACAAAGAUUACAUACAAGCUUUUGCCAAUACUGGUAUCACCGUAGCCGUCACAGCUCCUAACAGUGAUAUUGUAUCACUAGCUGAUGUGAAUUUUGCACGCCAAUGGGUUGUCAACAAAAUUAAACCUUUUCACCCAGCAACGAAAAUCAAGUAUGUUCUUGUGGGUAGUGAAGUGCUUCAUUGGGGAGAUCAAAGCAUGUUACAAAACCUUGUACCUGCCAUGAAGUCCCUUUAUGAUGCCCUUCAAGUUGAGGGAAUCCAUGAUAUUCAAGUUACCACAGCCCACUCAUUGAUCAUCAUGGAAACAAUUACACCACCAAGUACAGGAAGAUUCAGGGCGGCAUACUCAGAACCCAUUUUAAAGCCAAUGUUAGAUUUCUUGAGGCAAACCAAAACACCUUUCAUGGUCAAUCCUUAUCCUUUCUUCAACUUAGAUCCUAAUAACGUCAACUUUGCUAUCUUCAAGCCCAACCCUUCCUUAUAUGACCCCUUCACGCGCCGCCAUUACAAAAAUCAAUUUGACGCGCUCCUUGAUGCCGUUCACUCUGCCAUGAUGGCCGUUGGUUAUGCUGACGUGGACAUGGCCGUGGGUGAGACAGGCUGGCCCUCUAAUUGCGACAACCCAUCAGUUUGUAGUGUGGACAAUGCUGCAUCUUAUAAUAGCCAACUUGUAAGGCAUAUUGCAUCAAACAAGGGAACACCGUUGAUGCCGAACCGGCGGUUCGACACUUAUAUUUUUGCAUUGUUUAAUGAGGACCAAAAACCCGGUGCAACUGCUGAGAGAAAUUGGGGUUUAUUUCAACCGGAUUUGACACCGGUCUAUGACUGUGGAAUCUUGGGUAAUGGACAGGCAGCCCCAGCAACGCCAGCAGUCCCAGUUCCCAGAAAAGGAAGGGGUCAUCAUAAAGGAAGAGGAGGAGGCCAAUGGUGUGUGCCAAAACCAAACGCAGCUAAUGAAGCACUUCAAGCAAACAUUGAUUAUGUGUGUAGUCAAGGCCUGGAUUGUGGGCCCAUUCAACCAGGAGGGGCCUGCUUUGAGCCCAACACUGUUCUGGGCCAUGCUACUUAUGCCAUGAAUGCCUACUAUCGCGCCAAAGGCCCGGCCCAAAUCAACUGUGACUUCUCUAAUUCUGCUCAACUUACCACUGUCAAUCCAAGCUACGGUAAUUGUAAAAUGUGA